GGGAUAGAAGAAGAAAAAUGAAUGAUACCGUCUCCUAGUUCACCUGGGGUUCAUUUUUUCCCCCAGUUGCUUCUUGAAUCAUGUCUUUCUGAGGGCACCAGGUGUCCGCGGAUCUCCAGCCUGAUGAUCCCGCAGAGCGCAGCGGGCAGCAGCGGCGUCCGGUUUCAAACUUGCGCUCCUGCGUUAUUUCUCGACGCGCGCGCGCGCCCGCACGCACGCACACACACAUACAGAGUGCAAGAGAUAUUUCUAUUUCUGUCUUGGGUCGACCCCGACUGAAUGAGUUUUGUAGCUCUCUUUGAUUUCUCUUUCGGCACACUAUAGGGCUUCCAGAUUAACUCCAGGUUUUGUUGGACUUUCCAUAAUAUUCACUUAAUCUGAGGUUUAAGAUAUUGUUAUGUUGCUACUGUAGACUUUUAUUGUAGUAUUUUGGUGAAAGAAAAAAAAAAAGUAAGGAACGUUUCCCAGUCAGCUGUCACUGGAGGCAACUGAACUCUGAAAGCGCGCAGGAGUUUUAGAGGUGCUGAGGAGCUCCAGCCUUCAUUUACGCACAGCUCUCAUCAGGGACAGGAGCGGACUCCUGAAACCUUCUGAACAUCAUGGAAACCAACCCUAUACCGGUCCUAACCAUUCAAACAACUCCAUUUGACGACCAGAGACCCGGGACUAAUGGUUUGCGCAAGAAGACCACUGUGUUUGAGAGCAGAAAGAACUAUCUGCAGAAUUAUAUUCAGAGUGUCCUGUCCUCCAUCGACCUGAGGGACCGUCAAGGAUGUACCAUGGUGGUGGGCAGCGAUGGGAGAUACUUCAGCCGAGCAGCAAUCGAGGUUAUUGUACAGAUGUCUGCUGCCAAUGGGAUAGGGCGCUUGGUGAUUGGGCACAAUGGCAUCCUGUCCACACCGGCUGUCUCCUGCAUCAUCAGGAAGAUAAAAGCUAUCGGUGGGAUCAUUCUCACUGCCAGUCAUAACCCAGGAGGGCCGGCUGGAGACUUCGGCGUCAAAUUCAAUGUAGCUAACGGAGGCCCUUCUCCAGACACAGUUAUGGAGCGGAUCUACCAGGUGAGCCGCACCCUAGAAGAGUUCGCCAUCUGCCCCGACCUACGCAUCGACCUGUCACGCCUGGGACGCCAGGACUUCGAUCUAGAGAACAAGUUCAAGCCUUUUCGAGUUGAGAUAGUGGAUUCUGUUGAAAUCUACUUGAAUAUGCUACGUGGGAUCUUUGAUUUCGGUGCUAUUAAGAGUCUACUGACUGGUCCAGAGCAGCUGAAGAUCCGAAUAGAUGCAAUGAACGGAGUGAUGGGACCUUAUGUCAGGAGAAUCUUGUGUGAUGAACUUGGUGCUCCUGCAAACUCUGCAGUUAACUGUGUUCCUCUGGAGGACUUUGGGGGUCAGCACCCCAAUCCCAACCCUUCAUUUGCUGUAUCCUUGAUGGAGUCCAUGAAGGGCGGAGAGUUUGGUUUUGGUGCGGCAUUUGAUGCAGAUGGGGAUCGCUGUAUGAUCAUUGGUCAGAAUGGUUUCUUUGUAAACCCUUCAGACUCAGUGGCAGUGAUGGCUGCCAAUUUGUCCUGCAUUCCCUACUUCAGGCAGGUGGGCAUCCGUGGCUUCGCUCGCAGCAUGCCCACCAGCACAGCUCUGGACAGGGUGGCCAAGGCAAUGAAGGUGGCUAUGUACGAAACCCCCGCAGGCUGGAGGUUUUUCGGGAACCUGAUGGACUCGGGCAGGUGCUCUUUCUGUGGAGAGGAAAGCUUUGGAACAGGUUCGGACCACAUCCGGGAGAAGGACGGUCUGUGGUCAGUGCUGGUGUGGUUGUCCAUUAUGGCCGUGCGGAAGCAGGGGGUGGAAGAAAUAGUGAGGGACCACUGGGCUAAACUAGGCCGCAACUACUACUGCAGGUUUGAUUACGAGGGUGUAGAUCCCAGAGCUGCGUUUUACCUCAUGAGAGAUCUGGAGGCCAUGAUCACUGAUAAAGCCUUCACCAGUCAGAAGUUUGCUGUGGGAAACAAUGUCUACAGUGUGGAGAAAACCGACAACUUUGAGUACAUUGACCCUGUGGAUGGCAGUGUAUCACGAAACCAGGGACUGAGGAUCAUUUUCACAGACUCGUCCCGCAUUGUAUUUCGGCUCAGCGGCUCCGGGGCAGGUGUGGGAGCCACCAUACGCAUCUAUGCUGAGAGCUAUGAGAGAGACCCAGAGAGACAUAGCAGGGAGACGCAGGUUGUCCUGGGCCCUCUGAUCGCCAUUGCUCUGAAGAUCUCAAGCAUCCAUGAGCGAACAGGACGCAGAGGCCCCACCGUGAUCACCUGAUUGGAACACCGAGAUGCAUGACAGGGGCCAAACCAUGAGACGGCCUUCUUCUAGGAUCCGCUCUCCAUGUCUUCCUCACGGUCUUUCACAGCCUUGCUAUCACUUUUCCCCUUCUGAAGCCAUGACUGCCUGUUGUUAGUCUGCACAAAGUCUCACUAUUUACACCAUGUAUGUUUUUUGCUGCUGUUUCACAGACUAAACAAAGUUUCUCUCUCUCUCUCUCUCUCUCUCUCUCUCUCUCUCUCUCUCGCUCUCUCUCUUUCUCUGUCCACCUGUCACUGUCUCAAAUGCAAAGAGAAAGAGUAGCUAUUCCUUAUUAUGAUGCCCCUUUACACAUGUGAAUCAUUAAAAUGUCCCUUUCACACUGCAUUUCUGCCACAGUUUUAUUCUUCAUGUAUAAACCAGUGCAAUGUUUUGGUUCUUCUGGUUUGUUCCAGAGUUCAACUGAGGAAACUGACCAUUUUUAUGGUCAGUCUUGUUAUACAUGAAUUUAAACAUGUAGCACUGUUCCAUCCAGACAUUUACUGCUGUGGUAGCUACAAAACAUGCUUGUGGUGUCCUUAAAGCUGGAGGUCUGUCUAUGAAUUUAAACUCAACAUGUAGCCAGAGCUUUAUAGCAAAUGAAAGAGGAAUACCACUUUGUUGUUCCAAAAAAAGACAGAAUGAAGCUUUAAUUUCGAAGUGCCGGUUUGUAUGAAUAUCACAGACAUUAUGGUGUGUAGUGUAGCGUGAACAUUUUUUAUGAGUGGUGUAAUUUGUAGUGUGAAUGAGGCAUUAAAUAAUCAUGAGUAGAACUGCAACCUAAAGAAUGGAUUGGUUUCUUUCCUUUAUGGGUCAAAACUGUAUUCAGUUCAAUGAGUCAUAUGUAUGAGGGAGCAAUUACACUUAAUCACUCCAUCAAUUUUAGGCGCAUAUUUUAGGAAUGUAAUAUGAAACCUUGCAAAAUCUAAAAUGAAGGUCCAAAAUGCAAAGCAUUGCCUUGGGAAGCAUGUUUUUGUGAAUUUUUCAUUAUAGCUUGUGGCCUUCUAUCACUGGGCUUGUGACCUGCUAUCACUGGUUUUUGUUUUCUUUUGGAAGGCUGCCACUAUACCACUUUGUGAAUGUGAAUUUUUGAUCAGUGCUCCAAAUGAUGGAAAACUCCAAAGAACUGUAACUUUUGAACUAGUUCAACAGUUAUAAGUUUAAAAAUAAUAGGAAAAAAACAUAGCAAGGUAAAGCAAUGCUAAUGCUAUUGUAUUUAAUUUUGUAUUUACUGAAAUAAACUGUCUUUUGUGUGUAUUGGAA